AUGGCCUCUUCUGCACAGUCUGGUGGUGAUGCGCCAGCUUUGCCUUCUAGCAGGGUGGCUGCGGAUAUUCUCCUGGCUGAUUCUUCACCUUUCUGCUCUGCUGAAGAAGCUUUGGAGCUUAGGGAUUCUUUUCGCAACCACUUUGCUGAUUUUGCGGAUCCAACAGACCCUAAUCAACCGCCUCCUGCUCCAGCACCCACUUUCGAAGUUGCUGAUUCAGAUGCAGAGGAAGCUUUUGAACCCAGGAGUAAGCUUCGACGUGCCUCCAGCGGAGAUCAAUCUUGGCAGCUUAUAGAGCAGAACCAGCCGGUGCCCGAGAAUGCAUCCUUUCAUGGGUGGGGCACAACGGGCGCCAGCCUACAGUUGCUCGGCUCCGUAUCGCUUUCCCUGGCAACGCCGAGACCAGUUCAGCCCUCAACAACAGCUUUGCGAGCACCUUCAGAGUUACACCCGCCUGCCUUUCGUGAGCCGAUCGCCGGCUUGGUCACCAGCAAGGAUAAUCAUCAGGCGUGCGAUGAACGCAACAAGGUACUUUUCGACCAGCUUUGUGCAUCGCAUGGUGCCUACAGCGAGGUGCUGCAACAGCUUUCAGGGAGUCGCGAGGGCGCAGUGAUCAAGUCUCGGCUUCUCAGCAAGGUGAGUGACACCACGGCGGCCCGCUACCUUCGCUCAGUCCAGCUUUUCUUUUGUGCCUUUGAGGAGCUGGGUGGCAACAUGGAGUCCAUCGACCAAGGUCUCUUCCUUGAUGCUUUCUUCGCUUUAUCUCGAGGCUCCGAAACAGGCCCCCUUUCCAACAGCAUCAAUGUGCUCAAGGCGCUGCGUUGGUACAAGAAGCUUCUUUCACUUGCAUGCCUCCCAGACCUGUACGGCACAGCUUUCAGUCUCCUCUCCAAUCCGUCUGGCCAGGAGAAACGAGAGAGCAUACCACUGCCGCUCUCUUUUGUGGCCUUCCUUGAGCGCACCCUGCUUUCAGGCACAGCCAGCUUGAUGGACACCAUCUGGGCGGGGUCGUUCUUGGUGGCAAUCGGUGCGAGCCUCCGCUUCGCGGACGCCCAGCACGUCCGCUGGAGCUCACUUUGUGUGAGCCAUUUCACUUUACGGGGAAUAUGCUACAGAACCAAGACCACCAAAGGCGGAUGCCCCUUUGGUCUUCUCAGCUUCGGCCCCUUUUCGUCCUCUGAGGAAUGGGGGCUGACUUGGCUCCCCCGCUGGUUGGGAGCAUUGGACAAGGUUUGGUCCGACCUCCGCUCCCGCUUUGGGGCCCAGCCGGAACCAGAUUGCAUGUUUUUCCUGUUAAGUGAUGCAGGCUUUGCUCCGGCCACUCAUUCACAGGCCCUUCAGAAGUUGCGCCACUGGCUGACGCUUUCAGGGGUAGAGCAGCACCAAGCUUCUCAAUAUACGCUUCACAGUUUGAAGACGACCUUCCUUUCGUGGAUGUCUCAGCUUUCUAUCCCACUGGCGUCCCGCUUUCUCCAGGGACAUCAUAAAACCCCUGGCUCUGCCCAGCUUUAUUCACGGGACGACGUAUGGCCAGCCCUGAGAGCGCAGCUUCUUUUGUGGCGGUCGAUCCACUCCGGCUUCCGUCCUGCCAGGCCGCAACACCGAGGUGGACAAUCACCGCUUGCCGAGCCCCCCUUCGAGACGGCGGGGUUCCAAUGGGACGCCUUCAUCCCGGAACUUACAUGUUUCUCGCUUGGCAGUGAUUUCCAAUCAUUCCUUGCCCUGGAACAACAGGUCGACCACUUCGAGGACUCAGAUGCCGAUGAUGCAGGCCCGGCUCGCCCUUCAGCGAUGGUCGCAUCCACUUUGGAGGUCGACCCCACAUGGCAAGAUGCAACGAGCGAGAGGCUUAGUGUGUCACAUGAGGAGCAGAUGCCCAAUGCCAGGUUCGAUGUCACCCCGCUUGUGGAUGCAUCUCAGAAUUUUCCGCUUUUGCGCAUUUUCCGCCUGAAUCUCGCUUAUGUAAGCGAUCAGCUUAUGAAACAUAAUCCCGCUUUACUCCCAGCGUGGGUCAUGGCCAAGUUGUCCCCCGACUACGUGUUCAGCCUCCUCAAAAGCAUGAACGAGGCUGAGAGGGCCCACUUUUUGAAGCGAAUGGAAGGAGACCCGCUUCUUCCUUCCACAACGCCGGCACCCGCUUUGGCAGCAGCACCUUCGGAGCAGCCUGCUUCGAGCACCGUGAUCGACCCCAUCGGGGACUCUAUCGCUGCCGAAGAUUACGGGACACCGGCCGCUUUUACGUCUUCUCCCUCGCCUGCUGCACCCACUUUGGAGGCACCAGCGGAGCCUAAAGCAGCUACCGGUGGCGAGAGCGCCCCCACGGGAGCCACUUCAGCUGCUCAGGGAGACGAGGCCAACGCCGAGGCCACGGGUGACGGGGUCACGAACGCCAAACGCUGGCAACGUGAACCCGAGGUCAAGGAACCGCCGCCGCGACCUCCUUCGUCGCCCGCUUUGGCGUCGACCACCCCAAAGGCCGGGGUACCGCUGCUGAAGUCGAAGAGCAUGGCUACGCCCGCUCCACCCGCUUCGGUGGCCACUACACCCCCGGCGGCUACGCCCAGCGCCCCUCCCGCUUCCAAGGCCCCGCCACCGCCGCUUGUGGAGGAGGGCACCACGGGCGGAAGCUCGGGAAACACAGGGCAACAGCCGCCCGCUUCAACACCACAGCGCGAGAUAGCCCCGCUUCUCGCUAGUGACGCCCCAGCCUCCCUCUUGGGACACACUAUCUAUGAUAGCGAAGGCCGGGCCACUUUGCAGCUGGUUCAAUUGUGGGCAUGCCGCCGCCAGUGUUCCCAAUGCGCUCAGGGACACUGUCAGGCGACAUUCAGCGACAGAUCCAACAGCUUCCACGUGAACCACUUAUGCAGAGACUGCAAACGCGCUCGUGGGCGUGAGCGCCAGGAGGCCACUUCGCAGUGGAACCACGGCCAAGAUGAGUGGGGCCAGAGCCAGACCGCUUGGGAGGACUCGCCCGCUUGGAGUUCCUGGAACUGGUCUGGUCUCUUCGACAUGUCCGACUUCUCGCAGCUCGUGUCGGACUGCAACGUACCUCCUGCGGUGGCCUCUCUGCUUUCGGAGUUUGACACUGCUUUGUACGCACGUGCUUGCACAACUUCUUCCGAGCUAGAGGAAUUGAUCACCCACUUUAUGACCGAAGCUGCGGUGACAGAAGCAGCAGAACGCUUUAUCACUAAAGCGUCGUUGCGCCUGCUUUUCUCCAAAUGCCGGCAGUCGGAGGGCAUGGCAUCCUUAGAAGCCACGCCCAGUUCUGCUCUCCCGCUUGGAGAAGCGCCUUCAACAGCUGUGCCAACCGCUCCGGCCGCAGUCCCGCUUUCUAGCUCAUGGCAGGAGGCUUGGCCUGCAAAACUCAGCGGCGAACGCACCGCAGCGCUUAGGAAAAGGUUCGAGGAGGAUUACCCCACUGAACUCCUCGAUGCCGAGAGCUUUCCGAGCGCCCGCUUGUUGGCCCUUACCAAUAAGAUGCUUUCAGAAAAGGAAGUGCGAUGGAUUCCCUGGAAGUACCGCUUAAGUGCAAGGGCGCAAGAAGACAGCCUGCUUAUCAGGCCCAAGAAACAGGCCCGCUUUGACAUCGCGGAGUUCUUCUUCGACGAGGCUCCGACCCGGGAUAUACAUGAAGGCCCCGCCUCCUUCAGCUUCGUGACACAGCUUCUCUCACUUGCUGCGAAUGCGAUCGCUUUAUGCCAGGGGGCACACCUAGGCUCCCUGAAACUCUACAACAAAAAGUUCACCCGCAUUUGCUUCACCAAAUACGAGGCCUCCGCCAACCUACGGGGCCCCACUACGAUGGAAGCCCAGGCAGCUGAUCGCCGAUGUUGGGAAAUCAUCGCCGACUUAGUCAAUGUGCAUCAUUGGAAGCUAGAUGAUGCGCUUCACGAAGUUGCGGAGGUGCGCUCUGAUUUGCACAGCUUACUUGCGCCCAGGCCAUUCGUACCCAAACCCAAGCACGACCCGGACAACAGCUGGAAGGCCGGCUCCAAAGGCAACGGUCGCGGAGGCAAAGGCGGGGGCCGUGGCGGCAAAGGCCGCGAUGGCAAAGGCGAGAAGGGAGAGCGCUUCGAGCGAGGCGGCAAAGGUGGCAAAGGCAAGGACAACAAGCAGGCGACGCCUCCCGGCAAAUGGCUUUCAACCAUCUUCAUGGAGGGCAAGCGCCAGACUCUUUGCAUGCGCUACCAGAGCGGUCAGUGCAAGGACCCAGCCACGUGCCGCUAUGUGCACAGAUGCGCAGUGCCCAAGAAUGACGGCACCGCUUGCGGGGGUAAUCACCCAGCUUCUCAGCAUGUGGCUGCCCCGCACCAGGAAACCCACUUCAGCGACCAGCGGGACAUCGCUGAGGAGGUCACAGUUGUCCCGCUUUCAGUGCCUGCUCAACCUUCAGGUUCAGCAGGGGCAACCUCGGCACUGCCCAAGGCUGGUGCCCCAGUAUCCAGUGCAUCUUUGGCAAUCAGUGAAGGCUCCCUCGACUUCGCUACCUGCUUGGAGCUUUUAGCGCAGUACUUUUCCAUUCCCUUCCUUGAUGCCGCAGGCCCCACCGACAAUGCCAUUGACGCUUCCGGAGCAUAUUUCAACCUGGGAGCUUUCUCCUUUGAUAACGGCACCAGGUCGGGGAUAUUUCAGCGCACUGAACAAUUUUCCGAUGUACUUCGUUUCUUGAACGCUUUCAUGCAGCUUCAGUUCCCGGGUGCCUCUUGGAGCUCCUUGUGCGUGAGUCACAACGUUCGUACUCGCUUACACACGGAUGCUGGCAACGCUUCAGGAACACUCAAUCACACAGUUUCACUCGGCAAUUUCAGCGGAGGUGAGAUCUGGAUUAGCCCAGCUUUGGACCCUUCUGCUGCCAACAUCCCGGCCCCAUUGGAGGCCUCAUCCGAGGCCCACAGAGCGGAAGAUGCAAGCAAAGGUGAAUUGCGCGACACCUGGCAUUCACCGCUUUCCUUUAGCUGUGAAUCCCUCCAUUGUACGAUGCCAAUCCAAGGAGACAGGUGGGUAUUGACUGCCUACACUUGCAGGAACCUGCACAGCUUCGACACGAAGUCGCUGGCACAUUUAAGGUCACUGGGGUUCCCAUUGCCUCCAGUACCUACAACACUUCCUCAGGCUGUACCCUCUGCACCGAAGGACAACACGCACGUCGAGCUCUUCUUAGAUAUCUGCUGUGGUGCCUCUCACCCACUUACCACGGCGAUCUCAUCAUGUGGCAUCAUAUGUUUGCCCAUUGAUCUGCUUGGUGAGGAGCAGCUGGACCUCUUGCACGACGACACGUACGAUCACCUCCUUCGGUUAUGCUUCUCAGGCAUUGUACGUUUUGCUCAUGGAUCUCCGCCAUGCAAAGAGUACUCCCGCUUGAAGCUACGCCCCGGGGGACCUGCUGCUAUCCGAUCCCCGGAACAUCUCAACGGGUUGCCGGGCAAUACAGCUUCACAGCAGGAACGCGUGGUAAGCAGCCAGAAGCUUCUGUAUCGCUGUGUAUGCCUGCUUCGGGCCGCUUUCAACUCAGGUGCACAUGUAUCUCUGGAACAGCCCACGAACGCGAUGUCUUGGCUUGAACCAUUCGUACAGGACAUGCUUGCUGAGAUACAGGCUUCACUGGUCAACAUCCCGGCGUGCUCAGUUGGCCAGAACAUAGCCAAAUCUUGGCUUUUAGCAUGCAGCUUCGCUGAUAUGCGAGCCCUGGCAGGUACAUGCUCUCAUUCGGAGGGUCAUCCUUCUGUGGCCGGUGUCAGGGACGAGCUUGGCAACUUUUUGUCACAGCGCACCGCAGAGUACCCAGCCCAGUUAGCAAACCGCUUUGCUCAGCAGGCGGCUAAACUUUUCUCGUCACGCCGGCCCUCCCACAGUGUUCCAACUUGUUCUUUGGCUUUCGCACUCUCUUCGAUCCCCAAGAAGCCCCGGGCAGCGACAACUACAGCAUCACAGGAUGGAGGUGGCAUCUACUCCUUGCCGGACUGGUCAAUGGGCCCCAGAUACCAGUCUGACAGCUUGCACGAUUUGCGCAAAGAAUGGCAGUCCUGGCUCCUCUCGCACAGGUGGAGGAAUGCCUUCGGCACCGACUUGUCAGCCGCAAACAGCUUGACAAACUUCUCGGUCUCCUCCAGUGGUAUUCAUACAUACUUGGACGACAAGCUCCGCUUCACUGGUAAACCGCCGGGCACCAGCAUUUCAGAAGGGUCCACUUUGUUGUCAGCUCGCCACAAAACAUUGCACAGCAAGGCUGAUCUCGCUUUGGUCCCGGUAAGCACCAAACGCAUGUGGCUUCGGGUUACGGACCCCACUUCAUCCAAGCGACGCCUCUCAGAAUCCAGCAGAGAAACACUUUCUUUCUUUGCCCACUUGAGCUCCAGGGACUGGCGUCCACGGCCGCUUAGACCACCACCUACGAGCUCAGUGGAAUCAGCAGCCGAUGCCUUCGGCAAAGGCAACGACUGCGGCGUCGGGGGAUGGCUCCUUCUCCCAUGUGGCCGCCUGCUUUGGUUUUCGCAUCGCUACACCGUGCAGGACUUCCUGGAGCUCGGUCUGCCAAUGCAGCCUGACGCCAACUUGGACAUUUCCAGCUAUGAGACGUUGGCACAGUGCUACGUUCUUCUCGCUUUCUGGAAAGCCCAUGGUUCUGGCCGCUUGGCUUUGAAAUUACCAGCUUUGAGCGAUAAUAGUGGCGCUGAAUCGGUGUGUAACAAACUUUACACCUCCAAAGUACCACUUAAUCUUUUCGUUCGCAAGCUUUCGAUGUGGAGCUCCAUUACCGGUGUCACUUUGGACUGCAGCCACAUUGCUGGCGAAAAGAACGACGAUGCAGACCUGCUUUCGCGGUGGGACGGCUGCGCAGAACUUCCGGCCAAGUUUCUGCCAUCAAACCGCAUUGAGCUUUACCUCUCUGAGUUCUGGCAGAUCCGCUUUCAAGUGAAGCUCUUUCCAGCUGAUACCUUUUUGAAGUGGCAGCUUCCUUCAGCCACCAGAUUGGGCCCGACAAACCGAGGCUCCAAUAAGCGCAAGUAG